GAGCCUUGAGCCUUCAGCGUAAAAAUGGCGGCCGCCUUGCGUGCUCGUUGCGGAGUUAGAAGCGCGAUUAAAUUCGGAAGAUUUCUGACGAGGUCGUCGAAUUUGAAGUCGAGAAAUUUCUUCGAGCUAACCAGAUGCAGGGAGCGUUCACUAUCGCAAAAUGCCCACGUACGAUAUCUCUCGUCGCAGGCUGCAGCCGAGCCCAGCAGCUCAUCCGAUUCCGACCAUCACAGUAUAAUCAAAGACACAGAAAAAGCCACAGGGCAGAGCGAGCGGCAUGAAUUUCAAACAGAGACUCGUCAGCUGCUCGAUAUUGUUGCCAAAUCACUGUACUCGGAGAAGGAGGUUUUCAUCCGUGAAUUGAUCUCCAAUGCCAGUGAUGCCCUGGAAAAACUGCGUUAUCUGAGCUUGAGCAGUACAGAAAACGACGCAGCCGCUCCAAGUCAGCCUCUCGAAAUUCACAUCGCUACUGAUAAACAGAACCGCAUACUCACCAUCCAGGACACCGGAGUUGGUAUGACUCGGGAAGAACUCACCUCCAAUCUCGGUACCAUUGCCAGAUCUGGGUCAAAGGCGUUUUUGGAGCAGAUAAAGGGUAAAGAAGCAUCUUCGGGUGACCCCUCCGCGAUCAUAGGACAGUUUGGGGUGGGAUUCUACAGCGCGUUUAUGGUCGCUGACAAGGUUGAGGUCUUCACAAAGUCCUAUGAAAAGGAUGCUGAAGGUCUGCAUUGGCAGUCUGAUGGGUCCGGAACCUACGAGAUUUCUACUGCCGAAGGCGUUCAGCCAGGAACCAAGAUCGUUCUUCAUCUGCGCGUCGAUUGCCGAGAAUUUAGCGACGACGCAACUAUAAAUAACGUCAUCAAAAAGUACAGCAACUUCGUUGGCAGCCCCAUUUUUGUUAAUGGAAAAAGAUCUAACGUGAUCCAGCCUCUGUGGAUGUUGGAACCGAAAGACGUUAAACCUGAAGAACACGCGCAGUUCUUCAGAUUUAUUGCCAACAGUUGUGAUACGCCAAGAUUUACUCUACACUAUUCAACGGACGUACCGUUGAGCAUUAGAGCUCUUUUAUAUUUUCCUGAGGGAAAACCGGGUCUCUUUGAAAUGAGCCGCGAUACUGACAUCGGUGUCUCUCUCUACAGCCGUAAGAUUCUCAUCAAAAGUCGCGCGGAAAAUAUUCUCCCGAAAUGGCUGAGGUUCGUCAAAGGUGUCGUUGAUUCCGAAGAUAUUCCACUAAACCUGAGUCGCGAACUUUUACAGAACAGCGCAUUGAUUGGAAAACUACGAAAUGUUCUCACGUCCCGCAUUCUGAGAUUCUUAUACGAACGGUCGACCAAACAACCCGAGGAGUACGAAAAAUUUUAUAAAGAUUACGGGCUUUUCUUGAAGGAGGGCGUAGUUUCAAGUUACGAUCAACAAGAGAAGGAGGAAAUUUCCAAACUAUUGAGGUUUGAGUCGUCUACUUCGAAACCAGGAGAGUUGGUUAGUAUUCCACAGUAUUGCUCUCGCCUGGCUGCAGGGCAGAAAGAUGUAUAUUAUUUAGCAGCUCCUAGUCGAGUCUUAGCCGAACAGUCCCCGUACUACGAGGCUCUCAAAAAACGGAAUCUCGAGGUACUAUUUUGCUACGAGCCAUACGACGAACUCGUCCUAAUGCAACUCAGAGAGUACAACUCUCAUCCCAUGACAUCAGUUGAAAAAGAAAUGCGACAUAACAAGGAGGAUGACAGUUCACUCGAAUUCGGUGGUUUGGACAAAUCCGAGGCAGACAAGCUUGUUGGUUACUUGAGUAAUGUUCUGAAGGGCAAAGCUUUUAAUGUGAAAAUUACAAGCCGGCUAGAAUCGCAUCCAUGCGUCGUUACUGUCGAAGAUAUGGCCGCUGCUAGACACUUUCUUCGUACUCAGAGUCACCAGCUCGAUAACGAUGCCAAAUUUUCUUUACUCCAACCUCGGCUAGAAAUCAAUCCUAAGCAUCCGAUCAUAAAGAAACUCUCACAGUUAGCCACAUCGGAUCCGAAAUUGGCGGAACUGGUCACGCAGCAGUUAUUCGCUAAUGCGAUGGUCGGAGCUGGUUUAAUGGACGACCCACGUUCCUUGUUAACUUCUAUGAACGAGCUCUUGACUCUAGCUUUGGAAAAACACUAGGAAAACAGACUACACAUCGAUUUUCGUACACUACAGAUAACCAGCUCCAAUGGAACGAUGUGAAAGUUUGGUGAAUAUCUUUCUAAGCUAUUAUUCUGCUUCCAAUACCGUUACAUCAUAUAAUAUUGUACAUACCAUGAUUCGUUUACGUUUAUUUUUUAUUUUAUCCAAACAAAUAACACGUGGAACGAUAGAUUGACCUAAUAUUCGCUCACCGUCUCUCUUUCUUUGCCGACGAGCACAACGGGUCAGAAAACUAAAGAUAAACUGUACCGUGAUUUUAAAUAUGAAUUAUUCGUUUCAUAAAAUAUUUCCAUUCAUUAUAAUAAAUGUUAUCUAAUAUA